UGCUGUGAACUGCCGCUUAGUUGCAUCAGUCAGGUGUGGCCUCCAGGGAGUGAGGCCCACGGCUGUUUUCAUUACCAGUUCAUCAGAGGCUGGUCCUGCUGGGGGACCAAGCGAGCGGGGCCUGAGCUCCUCUCCUCCACCACACCAUGGCCCAUCUCCACCACAGCACGGCCUGCUUUCCUCUGCUCUCCUCAGCCGGUCCACCCAUCUCCACCACAGCACGGCCUGCUUUCCUCUGCUCUCCUCAGCCGGUCCACCCAGCUCCACUGUAGCUGUAGUUCAAAGCCUUCACUUAGCUGUGUUUGUGUUUGCAGGAGAAAUCCCUGGAGGGAGCAGUCUCUCUCUCUUCACUGUGAACAGCUCACAUGGGCGUGUUAAUAGUACAUAGGCCUGAAAGCCAUUCUUUGUGUUAUUGUGAGUAGUUACUCCUCUAUGCUUCAGCCACAGCCAGUCUGUCCCCAUCUGUCUUCUCCCCAGACCAAUUUAUUUCAACAUUCUAUAUCUUGGAAUGUCACAUUGAGUUUUAAUAAGGAACCCAAAUGAAGUGAGUCGUAGCCAAUAAUAAACCGUUAGACUUGCAUUAGUCCACCGGGGUAUCUCUCUGUGCUGUUCAUUGAUGAGUGUCUGCCUGGCUGUACAGAGCAGAACAGGGUGUUGUGAUGUGAAGUCGGGCCGUCCUGCUCCUGCGGUAGAGACAGAGACGGGGGACUCACAGUCAUCGGUCUGAUGAGUCCUUCUGUGGGUAAUAUUAUCACUUUGAGGAGGUGAAUUAAACAUAAAGAGUUAUGCGCCAUCUCAUGAAUGUCUCAUCUAACACAUUUUCAGUUAAUUAUUCAUGUUUAUUGCGGGCCGAAAAUGAGUUUGUGGAAGAUCUCCCACAGAUGUGAUUAAGCAGUCUUAAGUGCAUUGAAGCAACUUGUCAUUUACGUUUUAGUCAUUUAGCAGACGACUUACAGGAGCAAUUAGGGCUAAGUACCUUGCUCAAGGGCACAUCGACAGAUUUUUCCACCUAGUCGGCUCAGAGAUUCAAACCAGAAACCUUUCGGUUACAGGCCCAACGCUCUUAACCACUAGGCUACCUGCCUGGUUCAUUGACAGACAGAUGAACCACUGAUUAUCUAGCUUACAUAGCUUUACAUGUGUCUUUAGACAGGGCCUACAGAAGACUGUGUUGUACUGUAAGACACUAGGGAGUGAUGGGAACCCGAAGGCAAGGAUUUAUUAAUGGCUCUGUAGAAUUUGGGUCGUUGGUCAGAAUUAACUAAGGAUGACCAACAGCUUGAGAGGCUCAUCUGUAAUUUAGGUUUAUUUUCACUGUCUCUUCACCUCAUUGGCCAGCUUCUAUUAUCUGGGUAAACUUUGGGAGUUGUACAGACAGCAAGCAGUAAGCAGCGCCGCCUGGAGCUCUUGUCUUUUGAGAUAAUGCAUGUAAAGUGCUUGCUUUUCUCCAAUGCUUUUUCUACGCUCAUACCCAUGGGUGCAUUUACAGUGUGCAUAACUAUAGCUGCUUUAGUUUAAAUGUAGAAUGACUGUGUGCAUGCCUUGAGGAGCUAUUUUUAGAAUGGCACCAUUUGAUUGUUGUUGAAUGAUAUGAAUGUAAUUAACAAUUGACUACAUUUGUCUCUAGGAACCAUCCUAGGUUGAGGAAGGUAGUGUCAUUGCUGUGGAGUAGUGUAUAGAGGUGUGUCUCCCUGCAAUACCGAGCUGAUAUACAGUAUGGCUCUAUGCAUAGACCAUGUCCUUAUCAUUGAUUCCCCUUUGAACUCUGCAAUGGUUUACAGCAAGGGCGCCCUCUACGGUCUGAGUAGAAAGACACACGUUUCUUGCCAGCGUCAACGUAAAUGCAGUGAAUUGUGUCACAUUAGUGCUUGUUAUUGAUAAGGUUUCUGGACUUCUUUGUCCCUGAUUUUGAUCUGUGCUAGGAUCAGCAUCAGGAAGCACAAUGUCACGAUAGUAAAGUCUAUGGCCUAGUUACUGCUGGGAGAGAAAUGAAAGGCUGCAGAGAGAGAUUAAUGAAGGAGAUGGAGGUAGAUUGAAGGACAGGGAGGUAGAUUGAAGGACAGGGAGGUAGAUUGAAGGACAGGGAGGUAGAUUGAAGGACAGGGAGGUAGAUAAAAGGACAGGGAGGUAGAUCAAAGGAGAUGGAGGUAGAUUGAAGGACAGGGAGGUAGAUUGAAGGAGAGGGAGGUAGAUUGAAGGAGAGGGAUUGUGACACAUAAGCAGAUAGAGAGAGAGUAAGUGGAGGUAGUGAAAAGGGCUGCUCCAUCUCUGCCCCUCUGUGGCAAUAGAGAGAGGCUGACAGUGGCGUGGCGCAGGAGCACAGUGACUCCCAGCCUGCCUUCCUCCCAACAUCAAGCUGAGCAGCUCAGACAGGAGUAAUACUGAGGGGUCCAUCCUGCUCCAUUCAUUCUCCUCAGCCUACUGUCUGCCUCAGUCCUCAGUGUGUGAGGGGGGGGGGAGUUGAGUGGAAAGCCAUCGAUUUUCCGAGGAUGAGAUUUAGGUGGGAGAGUAGGGCAAGGAUAAAGGGACGUCAUUAACACUGAUAAUGCAGACGUCUGCUUCUUCUUCUUGGUGUGUGUGUGUGUGUGUGUGUGGUGUGUGGUGUGGUGUGUGUGUGUGUGUGGUGUGUGUGUGUGUGUGUGUGUGUGUGUGUGUGUGUGUGUGGUGUGUGUGUGUGUGUGGCCUUUAUGAAUCCGUACUGCACAUGCCAAUGUGAGUGUGUAUGUUGGGGUGCAUCCAUGUGGACUAGGGUAAAACGGACUGGGUAGAAUAUUAAGACCCCCUCGGCCCCUCCCCCCUCGGCCCCUCCCCCCGUAGCCCCUCCCCUCCGUAUCCCCUCCCCCCUCGGCCCCUCCCCCCGUAGCCCCUCCCCCCGUAGCCGUUAGUAGAGUACAUUUCAUUUGUGCCCCUGUUACUAGACCGUUGAAGACAUUGUAAUCUAUUGUAGAUGGCCUUACUGCUCUGACUAUUAUCAUAGAGAGCAUUGAUCUGGCGGACUUGUUAUUGUGAGGUUGUUGUGUGCUUCAAGCAGAUUACAUCCCUGUCCCAAACCUAAUAGCACAUUUUCAGAUUUUUUGAUAUAUCUGAAAUGGAUGUUCCCCUCUGUGGGUUUCACUCUGUGGAAAAGGUAAUUGGCAGCAGUAAUUUCAGUUCUGAGGUGAAGAUGAAAUGUAAUUCAGAUAUUAAUCCAAGGUCUUUUUCUAGCAAGAAAUGUAAGAGCUGAUUAACUCAAGAAGAAUAGUCAUCUUUGCUUAUGUCACUUUGUCCCUGAAUUCAUAGCAAGAUAUUAUUUUGAGUCAUGUCCAAUUUCUUUUCUGAUUCAGCCAUAUUUGUCUUUCUUUAUCCAGAUUUCAGGCAGGUAUGGAGACCAACUCUGUCAUGGCUGUUUAGAGAGCUUUCACCUGAGCAUUGGGAUGAAGUGAUUUAACUAAAGGCCAUUGUGAUUAAGUAAUAAUAAGUGAUAGGCUGAAUAAACCAUUCUCCUGGGCUGUGGGCUUACAGUCCACCUGUGUGGGCAAGCUGCUUAUCCACUGUCCCCAACCCAGCCCAAACCCAACCCAGCCUGUAUUACAGGUACUGUAUUUACACUACAGUAUUCACACUGUGGUAUUGUGCUGAUUCCAUAUUAUUUUUUUCAGUCUCUCUCUCUCUCUCUCUCUCUCUCUCUCUCUCUCUCUCUCUCUCUCUCUCUCCUCUCUCUCUCUCUCUCUCUCUCUCUCUCUCUCUCUCUUUAUUUCUCUAUCUCUCAGCUCUAAACAUGCUAGGGCUCAACUGGCAGUUGAAACCGGCUGAUGGUCACCUGAUCAACAACGGCCUGAGCACUGAGGUACCGGGCAGGAGCGACGUGGCAACAGCGCCCUCCGGAGGCAGAGGUAGGAACAGCCUGAGUCUGCAUGACUACCGCCCCUGGCCAAGGUGCUCAAACCCUCCGCUACACAUUUACAUUUUACAUUUAAGUCAUUUAGCAGACACUCUUAUCCAGAGCGACUUACAAAUGGGUGAUUUCACCUUAUGAUAGCCAGUGGGACAACCACUUUACAAUAGUAUUAUUUUUUAUUAUUUUUUGGGGGGGUGGGGUGGGGUAAGGGAUUACUUUAUCCUAUCCCAGUUAUUCCUUAAAGAGGUGGGGUUUCAAGUGUCUCCGGAAGGUGGUGAGUGACUCCGCUGUCCAGGCGUCGUGAGGGAGCUUGUUCCACCAUUGGGGUGCCAGAGCAGCGAACAGUUUUGACUGGGCUGAGCGGGAACUGUGCUUCCGCAGAGGUAGGGGGGCCAGCAGGCCAGAGGUGGAUGAACGCAAUGCCCUCGUUUGGGUGUAGGGACUGAUCAGAGCCUGAAGGUACGGAGGUGUUCCCCUCACAGCUCCGUAGGCAAGCACCAUGGUCUUGUAGCAGAAGCGAGCUUCAACUGGAAGCCAGUGGAGUGUGCGGAGGAGCGGGGUGACUCUGGCUGCAUGGAUGACUGGAGACUCUGGCUCUAACAACUAGUGAGGCCUGCAGAAUAUACUGGUCUGGUGGCUAGAUUAUGAAUGGAAGGUAGCAUGUAGUAGAAAUGUACAAGCUGCUAAUGUAACAAACAGAGAAAAGCAAGAAGAGCUUGGCUUUCAUUCGUUAGUGAACAAAUUACAACUAGUUCUCCUGUUUGAACUAUAGUGGAGCUUACCCUGCCUGGUGCAUAACUCUUCUAGAAUAGGAAUCACAUCAACAGAGCUUACACGUGUUCUAUUAAAGGAGCGUUGCCAAUUGCAUUAGAACUCAGAUUAUUUACCUUGUGGUUUGACGUUUGCAGUCGGCGCCUAAUCAAAAGAUGCCACAAGGCUCACCGUCUGUCCACCGUAGUGCCGUAAUGCCGUAUUUUACCUGCUAACUAAUAACACAUUAGAAAACAAGCCCUCAGAUAAAUCCUUAGUAAUUCCUCCCACAUACCAAUGCACAUUUGUUUGAUUUCUGUUAAAACCAUAGCACUCCCUUCGGUCUGUGGAAUUCUCUGGCCGUCUUAAUUCAGGAGGACUGUAACAACACCGUGUAAUCCAGCGAGAGGAGGCGUAGUGUGGGUGGAUGGGUGCUAUGAAAUCACUCUCUGAAGUGUUUUUCCAAGCGUUGGCUUUGAUGGAGGUCCUCUGGAGUGGCUCUGAGGAGCCGCCAACCACGGGCUGUCUCAUGAGCCGACACACAGACGCACACUGCCCGUCUGGGCCAAGCUAGUUUGUUCAAGUCAGAUGCUGAAAUUGAGCGUUUUUGAAUUUGCCCGGGCUUCAUGUCAUUAGAGAAGGUUGUGGGAAAGGACAAGAUAUGAGUGAGAGCACAUCUGUCAUGUGUUGGGAAUGGCACCAAACCCUUCUUCACUGGGAGAUACAGCAGUCCUGUUGGGCUCUCCGGGGUUUGGCAGCACUGGCAACAGUUUUACAUAAGACUGUGUUGUGGCGGACCUCAUACUAGACUGUUGAUGCCUCCGUAAUUCUGGGGCUUGGAUCCUGGUGUCUACAUGAGGUGAGGUGAUCUCUGCAGUACAGACACGGAGAGGGAGCUCUAAGACUGUUCUGGAGGCCAGCCAGAGCAUUGUGGUUAAUGUGAUGCUGCUGUGACUGUGACCGUCACUGUCAGGACUCUGGCGUUCCACUGCAGAUCUGCAUAUAUAUAUAACACCCCUUCCUUAAUACUGUCGGAGGAACACAUCGCUACCCAGGACCGCGUCUCGCUCUCUCUCUCUCUCCCUUUGUAUCUCCCUUCUUCUCUCUCUCUUUCGUCUCCCUUAUCUAUUUUUAAUGCAGCCAGAGGUUUCUCAGCUAGGAAAAUAUAACAUUAUUUUGGGUUAACUACUCAAAACCACAGUGGGAUAGCAACACUUGCAGCAAUUUCUCAAGUGUUUUUUAAGGGCAGAUAUGUUGCACUACAAAUGAUUGUGGACUAUGGUGAUUUACAGAGCCUUCACUACUGUCGGUCCCAUGAGGGUUGCAUGACCAACAGGUCUGGGGAAUAUUGUCCUACCCCUCUCCGAGGGAGGAGAAGAAUGGUAGCAGAUCUUUAGUUCCUCACUGUCCCCAUAGGGUACAUAGGUACAAUACUAUAGGCUACAUCCUAUAGUAUUGCUAUGGAAACUUUAAUCUAUAAGCCUUUUACAGUGUACGAUGAUUAUUAGUGUCAUAACUAAAAACCUUGUAUGACAAAACAGCAUCCCUGUGUUGGUUUUUCCUGCUAUGAAACACACAUAUUUACAUUGCAUCUCCAUAAGCUGGAGACGUUGACUUUCUACUUGGUUUUAUCACAGCAGAUGUGUUCUGUCAAUAGAGACCUUUACCUUGGAUGUUAUGUCUAACCUCUCUCUCUCUCUCUCUCCUCUCUCCUCCUCCUCUCUCCUCUCUCUCCUCUCUCUUCAUCCCUCCUCUCCCUCUCUCUCCUAUCCCUCCCUCCCUCCUCCCUCCCUCUCUCCUCCCCCCACCCUCCGUCUCUCCCUCCCCCACCCUCUUCCCUCCUCCCUCCUCCUCCCUCCCUCCCUCCCUCCCUCCCCCUCCGCCCCCACCCUCCCUCUCUCUCUCUCUCUCUCUCUCCCUCUCUCCCUCCCCCCACCCUCCCUCCCCCAACCCUCUCUCUCUCCCUCUCUCCCUCCCUCUCUCCUCUGCUCCUCCCCCCCCCCUCCCUCUCUCCCUCCCCCCACCCUCCCUCUCCCACCCUCCCUCUCUCCUCCCUCCCUCCCUCCCUCCCUCCCUCCCUCCCUCCUCCCUCCCUCUCCCUCCCUCCCUCCAUCUCUCAGGACCAUGGGUGUAUAGGAACAGUAGUAUAAGUACAGGUGAGCUGGAGGUAGGUCGGCGGAUGAGCCAGGACGUCCCCCCAGGAGUGUUCUGGCGCUCCUUACUACACCUCCGCCAGCCCCUGUUCCUCAAGUUCAACAUCUCCCUGGGAAAAGACGCACUCUUUGGGGUGUACAUCCGUAAGGGCCUGCCCCCCUCCCACGCACAGGUAGCCAUCAACUAACCCUGUUAUCUGUUAUCCCUCCCUCUCUCCCUCACUAACCCUGUUAUCUGUUGUCCCUCCCUCUCUCCCUCACUAACCCUGUUAUCUCUGUUGUCCCUCCCUCUCUCCCUCACUAACCCUGUUAUCUGUUAUCCCUCCCUCUCUCCCUCACUAACCCUGUUAUCUCUGUUGUUCCUCCCUCUCUCCCUCACUAACCCUGUUAUCUCUGUUGUUCCUCCCUCUCUCCCUCACUAACCCUGUUAUCUCUGUUGUCCCUCCCUCACUCCCUCACUAACCCUGUUAUCUGUUGUCCCUCCCUCUCUCCCUCACUAACCCUGUUAUCUCUGUUGUUCCUCCCUCUCUCCCUCACUAACCCUGUUAUCUCUGUUGUCCCUCCCUCUCUCCCUCACUAACCCUGUUAUCUCUGUUGUCCCUCCCUCUCUCCCUCACUAACCCUGUUAUCUGUUGUCCCUCCCUCUCUCCCUCACUAACCCUGUUAUCUCUGUUGUUCCUCCCUCUCUCCCUCACUAACCCUGUUAUCUCUGUUGUCCCUCCCUCUCUCCCUCACUAACCCUGUUAUCUGUUGUCCCUCCCUCUCUCCCUCACUAACCCUGUUAUCUCUGUUGUUCCUCCCUCUCUCCCUCACUAACCCUGUUAUCUCUGUUGUCCCUCCCUCUCUCCCUCACUAACCCUGUUAUCUCUGUUGUCCCCCCUCUUUCCCUCACUAACCCUGUUAUCUCUCUUUUCCCUCCCUCUCUCUCUACCUCACUAACCCUGUUAUCUCUGUUGUCCCCUCCUCUCUCCCUCACUAACCCUGUUAUCUCUGUUGUCCCUACCUCUCUCCCUCAAUAACCCUGUUAUCUCUGUUAUCCCCCCCUCUCCCCUCUCUCCCUCACUAACCCUGUUAUCUCUCUUUUCCCUCCCUCUCUUUCUCCCUCACUAACCCUGUUAUCUCUGUUAUCCCUCCCUCUCUCCCUCACUAACCCUGUUAUCUCUGUUGUCCCCCCCUCUCUCCCUCACUAACCUGUUAUCUCUGUUGUCCCUCCCUCUCUCUCUCUCUCACUAACCCUGUUAUCGCUGUUAUCCCUCCCUCUCUCCCUCACUAACCCUGUUAUCUCUGUUGUCCCUCCCUCUCUCCCUCACUAACCCUUUAAUCUCUGUUGUCCCUCCCUCUCUCCCUCACUAACCCAGUUCUCUCUGUUGUCCCUCCAUGUCUCUCUCACUAACCUUGUUAUCUCUGUUGUCCCUCCCUCUCUCCCUCACUAACCCUGUUAUCUCUGUUGUCCCCCCUCUCUCCCUCACUAACCCUGUUAUCUCUGUUGUCCCCCCUCUCUCCCUCACUAACCCUGUUAUCUCUGUUGUCCCUCCCUCUCUUUCUCCCUCACUAACCCUGUUAUCUCUGUUAUCCCUCCCUCUCUCCCUCACUAACCCUGUUAUCUCUGUUGUCCCCCCUCUCUCUCUCACUAACCCUGUUAUCUCUGUUGUCCCCCCUCUCUCCCUCACUAACCCUGUUAUCUCUGUUGUCCCCCCUCUCUCCCUCACUAACCCUGUUAUCUCUGUUGUCCCUCCCUCUCUCCCUCACUAACCCUGUUAUCUCUGUUGUCCCUACCUCCCUCUCUCCCUCACUAACCCUGUUAUCUCUGUUGUCCCUCUCUCCCUCACUAACCCUGUUAUCUCUGUUGUUCCUCCCUCUCUCCCUCACUAACCCUGUUAUCUCUGUUGUCCCUCCCGCUCUCCCUCACUAACCCUGUUAUCUGUUGUCCCUCCCUCUCUCCCUCACUAACCCUGUUAUCUCUGUUGUCCCUCCCUCUCUCCCUCACUAACCCUGUUAUCUCUGUUAUCCCCCCCUCUCCCCUCUCUCCCUCACUAACCCUGUUAUCUCUGUUGUCCCUCCCGCUCUCCCUCACUAACCCUGUUAUCUCUGUUGUCCUCCCUCUCUCCCUCACUAACCUGUUAUCUCUGUUUGUCCCUCCCUCUCUCCCUCACUAACCCUGUUUCUGUUGUCCCCUCCCUCUCUCCCUCACUAACCCUGUUAUCUCUGUUGUCCCCUUCAUCUCAACCUCACUAACCCUGUUAUCUCUGUUGUCCCCCUCUCUCCCCUCACUAACCCUGUUAUCUCUGUUGUCCCUCCCUCUCUCCCUCACUAACCCGGUUAUCUCUGUUGUCCCCUCCCUCUCUCCCCUCAACUAACCCGGUUCAUCUCUGUUGUCCCUCCCGCUCUUCCCUCAGGCUAAAAACCCCCCUGUUACUCUGUUGUCCCUACCUCCCGCACUAACCCUGUUAUCUCUGUUGUCCCUCCCGCUCGCCCUCACUAACCCUGUUCAUCUCCGUUGGUCCCCUCCCGCUCUCCCUCCACUACCCCUGUUAUUGGCACGCCCUGGUCUGGGACUCUGUUUUGUUGACCUCCAGGGUGUGUUGUUUCUAUGUGUUUUGUGUUCUAGGUUUAUUAUCUAGCUUUUGUGUUUCUAUGUUGGCCGGUGUGGUUCUCAAUCAGAGGCAACGUGUAUCAGCUGUUGCUUGUUGUCUCUGAUUGGGAACCAUACUUAGGCAGCCUGUUUCCCACAGUGUGUUGUGGGAUCUUGUUCCGUUUGGUUUGUGUCUGUGACCAAGGACGUCACGUAUCGUUUUGUUGUUUUGUUCGUGUGGUGAAUUAAUAAAUAAGUAUGUUCACUCAUCACGCUGCGCAUUGGUCCACUUCUGUGUUCGGCGAUCGUGACAGAAGAUCCCACCAUAACUGGACCAAGCAGCGUGUCCAGGAGCCAACGCCAGAGAGGACUCUAACGAAGAUCAACCUCGACUGGGUCAAGCCGCGGGAGGAGGAGAGAGGCUGGACUUGGGAGCAGAGGAGCGAGAGUCUGGCGAGAGCCAUGGAGGCCUGGCCCACGGGGAGGAGAGACGGGCAGAACAUUUUUAGGGGGGGGCUCACGCCGUGGACGACGGGGCAGCAGGAGGCCGCCAGGUUACGGGAGUCACUGGUCACCAAGGGGAAGGAGGAUGUAGAGGCACGGCGAGAGGUACUGGGGUGUGUUGCCAGUCCGGUCCAGCCCGUUCCUGAUCCCUGCGUAGGGCCAGUGGUGUGUGUCCCCAGUACGGUCCGGCUUGUUCCUGUCCCUCGCACCAAGCCUGUGGUGCGCGUCGCCAGCCCUGCCCGACCUGUUCCUGCUCCCCGCACCAAGCCAAGGGUGCGCGUCGCCAGCUCGGCCCGGCCUGUUCCUGCCACUCGCACCAAGCCUACGGUGCGCGUCGCCAGCCCGGCUCGGCCUGUUCCUGCUCCCCGCACCAAGCCUGUGGUGCGCAUCGUCAGCCCAGUCCGGCCCGUCCCUGCUCCCCGCACCAAGCCUGUGGUGCGCGUCGUUAGCCCAGUCCGGCCUGUUCCUGCUCCCCGCACCAAGCCAGUGGUGCGCUUCGUCAGCCCGGUUCGGGCCGUCCCUGCUCCCCGCACCAAGCCAAUGGUGCGCGUCGUCAGCCCAGUCCGGCCUGUUCCUGCUCCCCACACCAAGCCAGUGGUGCGCUUCGUCAGCCCGGUUCGGCCCGUCCCUGCUCCCCGCACCAAGCCAAUGGUGCGCGUCGUCAGCUCGGUCCGGCCCGUCCCUGCUCCCUGCACCAAGCCUGUGGUGCGCGUCGUCAGUCCGGCACAGCCCGUGCCUGUUCCACCGGUGCCUGGUCCGGCACCGGUCAGCGGCUCCACUCCGGAGCUAGAGCAAUCCGCUCCACCAGUGUUCAGUCCAGCUCCGGCCAGCAGGGCCAGACCGGACCAGGGGUGCUUUGGGGGGUUAGAGAGGGAGUGGGGGUCAUGCCCGGAGCCGGAACCGCCUCCGAGGAGGAAUGCCCACCCGGCCCUCCCCUGUUCGGGGGGGGGGGGUACUGUCAUGCCCUGGCUCUGGGACUCUGUUUUGUUGAGCCAGGGUGUGUUGUUUCUAUGUGUUUUGUGUUCUAGGUUUAUUAUCUAGCUUUUGUGUUUCUAUGUUGGCCGGUGUGGUUCUCAAUCAGAGGCAACGUGUAUCAGCUGUUGCUUGUUGUCUCUGAUUGGGAACCAUACCAGUUUCCCACAGUGUGUUGUGGGAUCUUGUUCCGUUUGGUUUGUGUCUGUGACCAAGGACGUCACGUAUCGUUUUGUUGUUUUGUUCGUGUGGUAUUAAAAAUAAUAAGUAUGUUCAAUCAUCACGCUGCGCAUUGGUCCACUUCUUCUAUGUUCGACGAUCGUGACAGUUAUCUCUGUUGUCCCUCCCUCUCUCCCUCACUAACCCUGUUAUCUCUGUUGUUCCUCCCUCUUUCCCUCAGUAACCCUGUUCUCUCUGUUCAGUAUGACUACAUGGAGCGUCUGGAUGGGAAGGAGAAGUGGAGUGUGGUGGAGUCUCCUCGGGAGCGUCGCAGCAUCCACACGGUGGUUCUGAACGAGGCCAUCUUUGUUCAGUACCUGGACCCUGGCACCUGGCAUCUGGCCUUCUACAACGACGGCAAGGACAAGGAGUCUGUCUCCUUCAGCACCAUGGCUCUAGGUGGUUGCUGUUAUUCUAUUUACUUGCUUUUUUUACACUUCUAUGUUCUCCUCGUAAAGGGAGAACAUUUAGGAUACUGGUAGUAAGUAAAACCUCGGAGUGAGUUUUACAAAUGCACCAUUCCAGGAUUGCAUCCCUGUUGGCCUGAUAGGCUUACACUGAUAUUGGGAGUGAGCACUGAUAAAAGUGUUGGAAAGGAUAGAGAUUGAGUUAUAAAAGAUAUAUCCCUGUGGAGUCCUCUCCGUCUGUACACAGCUCCUGUCACACAGUUGGCUUUCCCUUUACAGUAGACAAGCAUUCAACAGCUGAGAACAAACAAGAGGGAAAAAACACAGUAUUCAUGACUCUCUGGAGCUCCCGCAAAGAGAAACACUAUCUCCACACGGAACACAGGCAGGCUCUGCUGCAGUAAAAGCAUGACACAACGUCUUUGAUUUAGAGAUCAGUUGGAAUGAUAACCUGGUCUGAGGAGGAUGCUACUGAGGAAAAAACACAGGCCCAACAGAACAGAACAGAACAGGGUCUGGGCUUGACCUUGACUGACAGAGAGGAGGAAGAGGGCGUAGAUGGAUGUGUUGGCUUGGCAACUGUAACUCCUAACUCUGCCCUAGAGGCCUGUGCAGGUCAGCCUAAACACACACAUUGAUGUACCGUAGACUUUCUUAGUAAAUGAAUAGGAAUCUGCUCAUUGUUCAUUUGCCUUUUUAAUGCUUCCGUAAACCUCUAGUCGUCCGUGGGGAGGCACACACGACACGAAACAGUGGCAGGAGCAUAUCGUGGUGGAGCAUAUCGUGCCACUGCCGUACUGCCAUGGGGACACUGAGUGAUGGAAGCAAUUAAAUUACAGUAAUUGUACUUACCUCGGCAGUGGGGAUGAGUACUGGUGUAAUUAGGGAGGUUAUCACUUGUGGCAGGGCCUGUGGAGGGAGGACGAAGGGGUGUGAGGACAUUUGGGGUAUGCUAAGUAGUUGUAGUAUACCGAAUCAUUUAAAUUAUGUGUUAGACCGUCACGCCAAAGAGGCAUUUUGAAUUAUAUGUGCAGUGCAUUUUUUAUUUAUUUUAGAAAAGCUUAGCUAAUUGAUUCUCUGCUAAUGGAUAUUUACAGCUAAACAAUGGAUAUUUACAGAUAAACAAUGGUAAUAAGAAUGCCAGAAUCUCAACAGAGGCAUGCAGUACUUGGCCCUAGGAGGUGCUCACACAGUACAAUGGCCAAAUUCAUUCUUCCAUCAAACACUUGACGUUCUGCACUAAACUCUAUUUUAACUAUUGCAUUAGCUAUAGAAAGGGUAGCAGGUUCAGCCUUUAGUAAAACUUGAAUGACUGUUAAUUAUUUACAUGUAUCUAAUUAAGAACGGUAGGGCGGUAAGAGGUGAUGAGGGAAGGAGUCUGUCUAAUCAAAACUGGAGAGCGAUCAAAGAGAGGAGGUGAAAUGAGAGGGAACAAUCACAUCCUUCUCUGUUGUGUAAUAUUUCAUCAUUAAUAUAUAUUAAUAUAUAUUUGGUUAUAGUAAUAGUAUAUUAAUAUAUAUUUGGUUUUAAUAAUAAUAUAUUAAUACAUUUACGUUUUUGAAAAUAAUAAUAUAUAUUUGGUUAUAAUAAUAAUAUAUUAAUAUACUGUAUAUUUGAUUAUAGUAAUAACUUGUCUGUUUCAAUCCCUUCUGUUCAAUCUUAGAUUCAGUGCAAGAAUGUCCGCAGAAUUGCCAUGGAAACGGAGAGUGUAUGUCAGGUGUGUGCCACUGCUUCCCAGGAUUCCAUGGCAUGGAUUGUGCCAAAGGUACGUACUUUGUUAUCACCUAGGUUGUAUUGGUUUGUAUAGGUAUAUUAUAGGUUUUGUAUAGGUAUAUUAUAGGUAUAUUAUAGGUAUUGUAUAGGUAUUGUAUAGGUAUAUUAUAGGUAUAUUAUAGGUAUAUUAUAGGUAUAUUAUAGGUAUUGUAUAGGUAUAUUAUAGGUAUAUUAUAGGUAUAUUAUAGGUAUAUGAUAGGUUCUGUAUAGGUAUAUGAUAGGUUCUGUAUAGGUAUAUGAUAGGUAUAUUAUAGGUAUAUUAUAGGUAUAUUAUAGGUAUAUGAUAGGUUCUGUAUAGGUAUAUUAUAGGUAUAUUAUAGGUAUAUUAUAGGUAUAUGAUAGGUUCUGUAUAGGUAUAUUAUAGGUAUUGUAUAGGUAUAUAAUAGGUAUAUGAUAGGUAUAUGAUAGGUAUAUUAUAGGAAUAUGAUAGGUUCUGUAUAGGUAUAUUAUAGGUAUAUGAUAGGUUCUGUAUAGGUAUAUUAUAGGUAUAUUAGGUAUAUGAUAGGUUCUGUAUAGGUAUAUUAUAGGUAUAUUAUAGGUAUUGUAUAGGUAUAUUAUAGGUAUAUUAUAGGUAUUGUAUAGGUAUAUUAUAGGUAUUGUAUAGGUAUUGUAUAGGUAUAUUAUAGGUAUAUUAUAAGUAUUGUAUAGGUAUAUUAUAGGUAUAUUAUAGGUAUAUGAUAGGUUCUGUAUAGGUAUAUUAUAGGUAUAUUAUAGGUAUAUGAUAGGUUCUGUAUAGGUAUAUUAUAGGUAUUGUAUAGGUAUAUUAUAGGUAUAUUAUAGGUAUCAUUUUACAUUUACAUUUUAGUCAUUUAGCAGACGCUCUUAUCCAGAGCGACUUACAGGAGCAAUUAGGGUUAAGUGCCUUGCUCAAGGGCACAUUAACGUCAUUUAGCAGACGCUCUUAGCCAGAGCGACUCACAAAUUGGUGCGUUCACCCUAUAGCCAGUGGGAUAACCACUUUACAAUUUGGGGGGGGGGGGGGGUUAGAAGGAUUACUUUAUCCUAUCCCAGGUAUUCCUUAAAGAGGUGGGGUUUCAAAUGUCUCCGGAAGGUGGUGAGUGACUCCGCUGUCCUGGCGUCGUGAGGGAGCUUGUUCCACCAUUGGGGUGCCAGAGCAGCGAACAGUUUUGACUGGGCUGAGCGGGAGCUAUGCUUCCGCAGAGGAAGGGGAGCCAGCAGGCCAGAGGUGGAUGAACGCAAUGCCCUCGUUUGGGUGUAGGGACUGAUCAGAGCCUGAAGGUACAGAGGUGCCGUUCCCCUCACUGCUCCAUAGGCAAGCACCAUGGUCUUGUAGCGGAUGCGAGCUUCAACUGGAAGCCAGUGGAGUGUGCGGAGGAGGGGGGUGACGUGAGAGAACUUGGGAAGGUUGAACACCAGACGGGCUGCGGCAUUCUGGAUGAGUUGUAGGGGUUUAAUGGCACAGGCAGGGAGGCCAGCCAACAGCGAGUUGCAGUAGUCCAGACGGGAGAUGACAAGUGCCUGGAUUAGGACCUGUGCCGCUUCCUGUGUAAGGCAGGGUCGUACUCUCCGAAUGUUGUAGAGCAUGAACCUGCAGGAGCGGGUAUAUUAUAGGAGCAGGAGCAAGUAUAUUAUAGGUAUUGUAUAGGUAUAUUAUAGGUAUAUUAUAGGUAUAUUAUAGGUAUUGUAUAGGUAUAUGAUAGGUAUAUGAUAGGUAUAUUAUAGGUUUUGUAUAGGUAUAUUAUAGGUAUUGUAUAGGUAUAUUAUAGGUAUUGUAUAGGUAUAUGAUAGGUAUAUGAUAGGUAUAUUAUAGGUUUUGUAUAGGUAUAUUAUAGGUAUAUUAUAGGUAUUGUAUAGGUAUAUUAUAGAUAUUGUAUAGGUAUAUUAUAGGUAUUGUAUAGGUAUUGUAUAGGUAUAUUAUAGGUAUUGUAUAGGUAUUGUAUAGGUAUAUUAUAGGUAUUGUAUAGGUAUAUGAUAGGUAUUGUAUAGGUAUAUUAUAGGUAUAUUAUAGGUAUUGUAUAGGUAUAUUAUAGGUAUUGUAUAGGUAUAUUAUAGGUGUUAUAUAGGUAUAUUUAAGAAAUAAGGCCAGCGGGGGUAUGGUAGACAGUGCAUUCUGAAAAUAUUCAGACCCCUUGACUUUUUCCACAUUUUGUUACGUUACACCCUUAUUCUACAAUGGAUUAUAUAUUUUUUAAUCCUCAUCAAUCUAUACACAUUACCCCAUGAUGACAAAGUGAAAACAGAUUUUUAGAUUUUUUCCCCCAAAAAACAGAAAUACCUUAUUUACAUAAGUAUUCAGACCCUUUGCUAUGAGACUCGAAAUUGAGCUCAGGUGCAUCCUGUUUCCAUUGAUCAUCCUUGAGAUGUUUCUACAACUUGAUUGGAGUCCACCUGUGGUAAAUUCAAUUGAUUAGACAUUAUUUGGAAAGGCACACACCCGUCUAUAUAAGGUCCCACAGUUGACAGUGCAUGUCAAAGCAAAAACCAAGCCAUGAGAUCGAAGGAAUUGUCCGUAGAGCUCCGAGACAGGAUUGUGUCGAGGCACAGAUCUGGAGAAGGGUAGCAAAACAUUUCUGCAGCAUUGAAGGUCCCCAAGAACACAGUGGCCUCCCUCAUUCUUAAAUGGAAGAAGUUUGGAACCACCAAGACUCAUCCUAGAGCUGGCUGCCUGGCCAAACUGAGCAGUCAGGGGAGAAGGGCCUUGGUCAGGGAGGUGACCAAGAACCCGAUGGUCACUCUGAUAGAGCUCCAGAGUUCCUCUGUGAAGAUGGGAGAACCUUCCAGAAGGACAACCAUCUCUGCAGCACUCCACCAAUCAGGCCUUUAUGGUAGAGUGGCCAGACGGAAGCCACUCCUCAGUAAAAGGCACAUGACAGCCCACUUGGAGUUUGCCAAAAGGCACCUAAAGGACUCUCAGACCAUGAGAAACAAGAUUCUCUGGUCUGAUGAAACCAAGACUGAACUCUUUUGCCUGAAUGCCAAGCGUCACAUCUGGAGAAAACCUGGCACCAUCCCUACGGUGAAGCAUGGUGGUGGCAGCAUCAUGCUGUGGGGAUGUUUUUCAGCGGCAGGGACUGGGAGACUAGUCAGAAUUGAGGGAAAGAUGAACGGAGUAAAGUACAGAGAGAUCCUUGAUGAAAACCUGCUCCAGAGCGCUCAUGGCAACGGUUCACCUUCCAACAGGACAAUGACCCUAAGCGCGCAGCCAAGACAGUGCAGGAGUAUUUUGGCCAUAUACCACAAACCUCCGAGGUACCUUAUUGCCAAUAUAAACUGGUUACCAACGUAAUUAGAAAAGUAAAAAUAAAUGCGGUCUGAUAUACCACGGCUUUCAGCCAAUCAGCAUUCAGGGCUCGAACCACCCAGUUUAUAAUAUGUAAUAUUUUACCCCUAUCUUGAUACUCAUAAAAAGAGACACCAUGAGUUAUUUUGAGUCAUGUCCAAUAUGACAAUCUCAACAUAAAUGACUCACUAAUCCAUAUAUAAAAAUGGAGCAUGACGCAAAGCCCUCGUCUUGCACCUCGUCUUACUUGCUGUGUCUCUCAUUUCUCCUAUGUUGUCUAGCUGCCUGCCCAGUCCUCUGCAGUGGGAAUGGCCAAUAUGACAAGGGCUUGUGUAUCUGCUACAGCGGAUGGAAGGGUCCAGAGUGUGAUGUCUCCGUGGGCCAGUGCAUUGACCCAGAGUGUAAUGGCCAUGGCACCUGCUCCGAGGGCUCCUGCACAUGCUCCGCAGGUUACCGUGGCGACACCUGCGAGGAAGGUAAGGUGUACAGUGCUAGAAGAGAGCUCAUCCCUAUCACAUACACACUUGUUCACACACACUCUCUGAGACAAACACACACACACACACACACACACACGCACAAUUGUCUCUACUUUAGUGCCAUAUUACGUUUCAGAAAGGAUGAGACUGCAGUGGUUUAUACAUCAGAAACUUUAUUAAGGGAAUGGAAUCAAUUUUAUUGAUCCGGCAUUUAAAUAAUUGCCCUGGAUCUGAUUCAUUCAAUUUUGUGAAGAGAGGAGAGGGGUAGAAGGGAGGGAGGGAGACAGUGAUGGAGGAGUAGAGAGAGUUCUGAUUAUAUGACCAUCAUUUACUUCCUGUCUUUCAGUAUAUUCACUACUUUCAGUAUAUUCACUACUGCUGCUACUGCUGCUACUAAGGUUUUUUGAGCGUGGUGAUAUCAUAUUUCUCUUGCUGUUCUGUGUUCCAGUGGACUGUCUGGACCCUGGCUGCUCUGGCCAUGGUACCUGUGCGAGUGGGCAGUGCCACUGUAAGCCAGGCUGGGCCGGCCCGCUCUGUGAGCAUCCAGGGGCCCAGUGCCCAGACCAGUGCCACGGACACGGGGCCUUCAUACCCGACACGGGCAUCUGUAGCUGCGACCCAAACUGGAUGGGACCAGACUGCUCCAUGGGUAGGUAACACCUCAUGGCACAACGCCUCUCCCCCAUGUGACCUCAUUUUUGUGUGUAUAUACUGACACGUAUGUGUAACUGAUAGAUGCGAACACACACACUCACACACACCACACACACAAACACUCACACACACCACACACACACUCCACACACACACACACUCACACACCACCACACACACACACACUCCACACACACACACUCCACACACACACUCACACACACCACACACACACACACUCCACACACACACACACUCCACACACACACUCACCACACCACCACACACACACACUCCACACCCACCACACACACUCCACACACACACCCACACCACCACACCACACACACCCCACACACACACACAACUCACCCACACACACACACACCCACACACACACCACACACACACACACACACCACACCAAGCCACCACACACACACACACACAACACACAACACACACAACACCCACAUCACACAACACACACACACCCACACACAAACCCCACCCACACACACACCACACCCCACCACACACUCCAACACACCCACCACACCAACACACACACACACACAAUCACCACGGAGACCACACCCACACAACCCCAGCACCCCAACACCCCAACACACACCACACACACACCACUCCACACACACACCACCCACACACAACACACUACCACACACACACACUCCAACAAACACCCAACACACAACUCCCACACACACUCACACACACACACCACACACACACAACAACACACACACCCACACCACCACACACACACACCCACACACACACCAACACACACACACACCACACACCACACACACAACUCCACACACACACACUCCACACACAACACACACUCCACACACCACACACACACACACACACACACACUCCACACACACACCCACACAUUAUAAUUCUUUAGUUGUAUUGUUUUUAGUUUUUUUGUGUGCGUCUUUAGUUAAUUUUUUAAAUAUAUAUAUACUGUAAGUCUGUAAUGUUAACGUUUUAAAUGGAUGUAAAUUGUCAAGUCUCUUUUUGUCUGUAAUGUCUUUUUCGUUAUGUGUCGGACCCCAGGAAGACUUUUCGUUACGUGUCGGACCCCAGGAAGACUUUUCGUUAUGUGUCGAACCCCAGGAAGACUUUUCAUUACGUGUCGAACCCCAGGAAGACUUUUCGUUACGUGUCGGACCCCAGGAAGACUUUUCGUUAUGUGUCGGACCCCAGGAAGACUUUUCAUUAUGUGUCGGACCCCAGGAAGACUUUUCGUUAUGUGUCGGACCCCAGGAAGACUUUUCGUUAUGUGUCGUACCCCGGCUAAUGGGAAUCCUAAUAUAAAUCACAGAAUCACCCGACACACACUCAUCCCACACCAUGGCCACACCUCCUCUGUGAAAGCACUUUCUCUCUGUCCAUCUACUAUACUGACCCACUCUCUUUUUACUGUGCUCAUGUACCUACCCUAUGUGUGCCUCCACAGAGGUUUGCUCGUCGGACUGUGGCGCCCACGGCGUGUGUAUUGGCGGAGUGUGUCGCUGUGAGGAGGGCUGGACCGGCGCCGGGUGUGACCAGCGUGUCUGCAACCCGCUGUGUGUGAAGCACGGGACAUGCCGGGACGGAAAGUGUCAGUGCCAACAGGGCUGGAACGGAGAGCACUGCACCAUCGGUAUGCAUCCGGCCAUCCAGCCAGUCAGCCAGCCAGCCAACACCCUGGCAUGC